AAACGACAUCGUAGCUCCGCAUUCUUUUCCUUACCAUAAUUAGGGUUUUGAGUUCCCUCCCAAAGUAAUAAUGGCGUUUUCUCUCACUCACACCCAAUUCAAUUUUAACCCUUUUCACACACACAACCUUCUUCUACGACUAUCCCUCAAAACUUUUGCAUCAAUGUCGCAGGGUAAAUCCAAAAGACCCAUUUGCCCUUCAUGUUCCAAACCCACCCGAACUUGUCUCUGCUCUCGAAUCCUUACCCCUCCGAUCCCUAAUUCCGUCCAUGUAACCAUUCUUCAGCACGCUCUUGAGUCUAACCACCCACUUAAUUCUGUCAGAAUCGCUAUAUUGGGACUCAACAAUCUCACUGUUUCAACUGUUUCUGAUGUUAACUUUCAAUCUCGCUUCCUUAUUCAACUUUUAAAUUCCAAUUCAAUUUCUGUUGGAAAUGUGUCUAACAGUUUGUUUUCACAUGAAAUUGAAGAGGCCCAUGAUUUGUUUGGUGAUAAAAAUUCUAACUUGAUUGAUACUGAUAGCGAUGGUUUGACAAAUGAUGUUGAAACUGUGAAUCAAGUGAGUGCUUGUGUAGAGGUGAAUGAUGAAGUUAAGCUUUGUGAUGAUACAACUAGUGGUUAUGGAGAACCUGCUAUUACUGUUACCAUUGGCAAAUAUGGUGCAAUUUCAUCUCUGUCUCAUAUUUGGAUGCAGCAAUGUAAAUCUAUUGAGUUAAGCUUUGACAAUAUUUUGUCUUCUCCUGAAGCAUGUGAAGCACUCUCAAAAGGGUUUUUGGUGAAGAAGUUGCAAAAGAAGCUAUUGAAUAGGGAAGAAAGUGUGGAAGAAUAUGAGGAAUUUGAGCUUGAGGUGUGUCCUGGAUCAGUUCUACUUUUUCCUUCUGAUAAUGCUGUUAGUGUUAGUGACUUAGAUUCUGUUGGUUUUGAGGUGAAGAACUUGAUUGUUCUUGAUGGAACUUGGGCUAAGGCUAAGAGGAUUUAUAGUGAAAAUCCUUGGCUCAACAUUUUGCCGCAUUUGAAGUUGGAAGUGAGUGAAAUGAGCUUAUAUGGUGAUGUGAGGAAUCAGCCUAAAGCUGGUUAUUUGUCCACCAUUGAGAGCAUUGUGUUUGCUUUGAAGGCAGUUGGGGAGGAUCACAAGGGUUUGAAUAAUCUUUUGGAUACUUUUGAGUCCAUGGUUGGAGAUCAAAGGCGGUGUAAAGAUGAGAGACUGAGCAAACUCCUCCCUAGUUGAAGAAGUUGCUGAAAUCCAAAUAGAAACAAUUUUCAAUAUAUUUGAUUAUUAACACCAACCAACCAAGAGACAUUGCAAGCAUCAAGCUUGAACUUCAAAGAUUACAGAAACCUCGGCAGAGAGAGACAGUAUGGGAACGAUCCGAUCCCAUGAUGAAGUAAAAAGAGUUGACUGUUAACAUGUAGAAACAAAAUCUUGAAAAGAAGAGGAAGGGAAGAGAUUUUACAAGAUGGAAUUCGCAAGACACAGAUUUCUGUAUUAGAACUCAGUUUUCUUCACAUCUCUAUAAAGUUGUUAUGAUAGUAUAAACGUAAUUGAAUUCUGAAAACAUGAUUUCAUUUGUUGAUUGUACUUCAAGACAGAAGCUUUUUUAUAGCCCUUUCACUUGAUGCCUAAUAAUCAACUUUUGGUUUUACAGUUCUAUCCAAAGAAUGCUGGUUUAUUAAAUUCUA